GACGGGACACUCCUCUCUGUGCGGCUCUCGGUGUCUCUUUGCUGCUCCUUGCCUGCAGAAGGGUGCUUUCAGCUGGCGGGGGUGGGGGGUGGGGGUGGAGAGGAGCUCCUGGCUCCCUCUACUCCUUUCGUGCCGCUGCCUCGGGGUCUGCCUCCGGGACUCGUGGCGUUCAGGCCCUUCCCCUCGCCGGGGCCGUGCUGCCAGCGUGUUCCCCUGUUGCCUCCAGCGAGAAAGGCUGUUUUCUCCCCGGCGGCCCCCGGAGGUGCUGCGUCAGGUGACGGGGGAUGGGGGUGUCAGGCGUGUGUCCUCUGCCCCCCCGUCAAGGGCCGUUUUCCUGCAGAAGACAAACCCAUCUGUGGAAUAUGAGAAUAAGGUCAAGAAAGUCUUAAAUGGGCUUCUGAAGUAACAAAAGGAAGAAAAAUGGAGACAGAGACCAUUUUAAGUCUUAGACACCAACUGAAGGAAGCAGAGAAUGAGCGAAGAAAGGCAGCACAAUAUGGCUUGCAUUUAUUGGAGUCCCAAAGUGAAGUUCAAAAUCAGUUGGAUCAAACACGCCGUGAAUUGACUGAGAAAACUGAGAAAUUUGAACAAGAGAAAUACUCUCUUCAAAGAGAAAUUGAACUCAAGAAUCGAAUGUUGGAAAGCUUGAGUCUUGAAUGUGAUUCCCUUAAGCAACAGCAAAACAUGCAACUGGAUAAACAGAAAGAACAGCUUGCCAGAGUCUAUGGACAAGAAAUCGGUGACCUUAAAAACAAGUUGGAGAAUCUGAAAGCAGAACUAGAUGAAACCCGACUCUCAGAGAAGCAAUUGAGACACAAAGUGGAUCAUCAGAAGGAAAUAAUUGCUGCCAAAUCAGAGGAACUACGUAUGAUGUCUGAACGUGUACAUGAGACCAUGUCUUCAGAAAUGCUCAGUCUUCAGAUAGAACUCACUGAACUAGAAAGUGUGAAGGCCAAUGUUGAAGAAAAGCUGAAUGAACUGCAGUACAGUAAAGAACAAUUAGAACUCAUGAACAGUAACUUACGUAAUCAGCUGGAGCGUCUGCAGGGGGAGAAAGAAGAGCGGGAAAAGGAAGUUGUUUCUUACUCUAAUGCAUUAGAGAAAGCUCGUGAAGCUAAUCAAGAGCUUCAGGUUCAGCUGGAUCAUGCAGUGCAGCAAUCUUUGGAUCCUACAAGUAAAGGCAAUUCUCUCUUUGCUGAGGUGGAGGACCGUAGGGCAGAAAUGGAACGACAGCUGAUCAGUGUGAAAAUAAAAUAUCAGUCACUACAAAAACAGCAUGCAUUCACUAGAGAACAGUUGCAAAGAAUGAAGCUGCAAAUGGCUACGCUGCUACAGAUGAAAGGCUCUCAGGCAGAAUUUGAGCAGCUGGAACGCUUACAGUCGAUGUUAGAACAAAAGAAUGGUGAGAUAGAAGAUCUUCUUAUGAAAGUGAGGCAGCUAGAAAAAUUUAAGACUUUAUAUGAGAGUAUGGAAGAAUCCAGAGCUAGCAGUAGCUCAAAAGGAGGAGAGUCUGAGGAUGGCUACUAUGCAGAUUUAUUGCAAAUGAAACUUGACAACUCAAACAAGGAAACGGAAACCUUGAAAAAUGAGCUAUCCUUGCAGCGGAUGAAAGCUCUAUAUGAGAGCCAAAGGGUUCUGGAAGUUGAAAGGAAACUUUUCGCGAAUGAGAGACAUUUGCAAGCUUGUCAGAGUGAGAAUAUGAACUUGCGAGUUAUGCUGGAUGAGCUAAAAAUGAAAUACGAACCUGAAGAAUUACUUAAAGGCACUAAAACUAAAAAGAAGAGGGAGAAGAUUCCAGUGGACAGUACUUGUGAGUACUUGGACAGCAAAAAUACUUCUGUAAAAGAAGCUGCUCACUCUCAAUUGCCAAGUAAGGAAGAAACGAAGGUGACUUCCAAGAACUUGGAGCAAAGUGAUGCUUCUCCAAAAAAACAUGCUCUUGAAGCCCCGCCAAUAAAUAUAGCUCUUCAAGCAAUGCAAAAAGUAGUUGAACCUGAAAGAGAAAGAAAGAGAGUUAAAACUAAAGAUGAGAAUCAUGAUGCCUAUACUUCAUAUAGCAGAAGUGGAAGUAGUUCCUUGACUUCAGCUGCCCCCAGGUCAGUGUCUGCUUCUGUCUAUGGUCAAGGCAAUCAGCACAGACCUGCAUCUCUUUUCUUUCGCUGCAUGAACUAUGCUAUCCACUUCUUUAUCUGUUUCCUCAGUGUUGCAUGCAGUGUAAUUCCUCAGCUCCGGCUGCCAACAUUGAACCUCUCAAAACCUUUUAGAAAGAUUAAAAUGAUGACUAAUGGCAAAGAUUCUUGAAACUGUAACAAUCUUUGAAAUAACUUUCCCAUUACUCGAAAAUGUUUAAGGUGUGCAGAUAGCAUGACAGUUCACUUGGUUUGCUCUAACUUCAGAAACAGGACUGGCUUUUUGGUCCCUUCAAAGCUGCCACACAACUGUGUUACGUAUCAAAGUAGCAGAGGCAAUAGGUAUCAUGCUUCAGUCUCAUACCUAAAUUCAGCCCUCAUCAACUUUCAGAUUUAACUAAAAGCCUAAAAAUUAUUUAAAUAAAGUAAUUCUUAACCUGAAUUGGGUUAACAGAACUUGCAUUGUACAAGACAGUAGACAAUUAUGCUAUUUGUGUUGCCAGACAACUGACUUCGAUAAUGUGGAUGCAUGAUAACUAGAAACGCAACUGCUAAACUAAGAUCAAGUUUUUCCCCUGAACUGAGAAUUUAAGUUAGUUUUUGAUAAAUGGUGAAGUAACUUAGUACAAUAAUUGGCUCCAACUUUCUUAUCUUGGUGAAAGGAAUGCUGACUUUUUUCCGGCUGAUGCUUUUGUAUUCUAUUCAUGUUCUUAGUAAACAUGUAUUGGGAGUGUUUGGAGGGAGGAAAAAAAACUCUGGGAUAAUCUAGAUGUUUUGACCUUACAACUUGCUUAUGUCUGCUAGUAGAAAAUAGUUUAUUGAAUCUAGAAUGACAGCAGCUUCAAAGAUGGAUGGCCUAACACAUGGAAAUCUGUACAGUAUAUCUAAAAUUAAUGGUAUUCAGAAGUAAUUAGAUUGAUAUUUUGACUCUUGGAUCAAUUAUUCAAGGCUGCAUUGGAUGCAAUUAACAGAUUUAAAAUAACCAAACAGUACAAUCUUCUGAAAGUCUGGAGAGAAUUAUGGCAGAAGUAGCAGUUUAAGUAGCCCUGUCAAAACAAAAUAGGCAGGGACUGUUGCUGAGGAGGAAAGAUCAGGGAGGUCAAACAUGGGUGGUGAAAGUUGGAAGAGUGGAUCAUUUAGUGAUGGUAUACUCCUAAAGGAACAGACAGUGUGUAACCUGGGAGUGAAAAGUUUAACUUAUUUCCUCAUAUUCCUUUUGGAAAGGAAGGUAGAGUUUCUGCCAAAAGGAAGUUGUUGCAAACAGUUUAUGUGAACUGCAGGGGUAAAACUACCAGAGAGGGAGUGAGGAGAGGAAAUUCUUUUAUGGGGUUGAUGUUUGAAAACAGACCAGGUGGAAAAAGUGGAAGAUGAAGUCACAGUUCAGGGGGAGGGUUCUAAUCUUGCACCCGUUGCUGUUGGUUCAAACAAGGAAUAAAUAAAAACCACCAACACAACAACAACAAAAUGCCACAACACUUGUAUAAGCUUUAAAGUUGUCUUCAAUGAUGGUAUGAACUUGUGAAAGGCAAAUCCAGGCAGACAGUUCUGUUCAUGUUUCCAAUUGUGUUAAUGAACUACUAAAUCCCCAAUUAAUGAUCUUAAGAUAACAUUGAGGAUUUACUUGACAUUGAUCUGUUAUGAUUUAUUAUGAAAUAAGAAGUCAUGAUAAAGUCAGAGUAUUUAAGAGGUUGGGUUUCUAAACACUAAAAGAUUCUCUGGACUGUUCUGCGAUGGAUGGGGCCAAACCCUAUGUAGGAAUACAGCUAUGCAAAGGCACAAAAAUAUUGAGCAGGAAUGUUGACCUGAAAAUGGAGUUUGGGGGAGGAAAAAAAUAAUUGGCAUAUGCACGGUGGAUAAUCGUCAGUGUUUCACCUUGUGUUAAGUAAAAUGUGAUGCUCUGGCAGACAAGGUUACUGUGAUUAUUGGGGGUUAUUUUUGUAACUGGAGUACUUCUUGUGCAAUAAUUAGCUCUGUCAUUGUUAAUCCAUGCAAUGUGGUAGUAAAAAGAGCCAUAGUAACUGUGACAGGAUUGCAUGUUUCAUUUCUAGAAAAUGGUGUUUGAAAAGCUUUGUCAUCUUAGCUUAGGAAGUGAUGAAGAAGUGGUCAGAAGUGAUCUGUAUAUACCCCUAUGGGUGACAGACUUCCUUGAAGAGUCUUGUUAAUGUGAUUUAGCAAGGGAAAGCUAGAUAACUUUGAACUAAGAGCAUGCGUACAUAUCUGCAGUGCGUGUGUAUAUACUGACAAAAGUUUAAAGCAACUAAACAUUGAAAUACUUUUAGGUGAGUGGUGAGAACAUAGUAGUUGAGACUAAAGAUUUAAGUAUUUAAGUCAUUAUUUUUAAUUGUUAAUUGCUAUUGUAAUUCAGGCAAUGCAAAGGUUAUAGGUAGCGAUAUCUGCUGUUAGGGCAGCUGGUCUAUAAAAAGAUACUUCUGUAUUGAAAUGUCUUUCUUCACUUCUGAAACUGAAAUAGCAAAUUCCAGCCCUUGCUGCCCAACAUAAUUUGCAUUUAGAUUUGAGGUUGGUUGACCUAAAGAAGGGCUUGCGUGCCUAGGAGUUUAUUUGCUCGUUAUUUAGUUAGAUUACGUAUACCAAACGUACCUCAUUUGGACUCUGUUCAAACAGGAACAGGAAAUGCCUGUAGCCGUUUGGCUCAGCAGGAGAUCUGGGUAACUAAUAUUCUCUUUGGGGUUUUAGGCAUGGCAUUUGUCCUCAGGAAGUAAAGCUCCAUCUGAUCAGAGGAGUUGAUCUUCCUCAAAUGGGUAGAAGGAACCCUCGUUACGUCUUGUUUCUGGAGUCUACAGAGUCAAAACCUGAUAGAAUCAUGUUAUAGUUUCACAAGCAUUAUUUUUAGGUGGAAGAGUUUGACUGUCAUCUCCUUUGUCUGAUCAAUCCAUUUCCUCGUGCAAACACUUGAUGGAAAUACAGCACUGCUAUAAGGGGCACUCUGUGAGCUGCCUUGCUAUGAGGACUGUGGUGGGUUAAUGGUGGCUCGCUGCAGCCAGCCACUCUCAACCCCCUUCAAGAGGAUGGGGUGAAAAUAAGAUGGAAAAAGCAGGCCAACUAGAAGAUACUAAGAAUGAAGGAGGAAAAAUCCUUUGCUUGGAUUGCCUGUUCAUUGUCAUGUUAAAGCUCAAUUAUUUGAACUUACUGAAUUUGACUGCCUGAAUCUUCAGGCAUUUCUGAGUACCUCACUGCCAUAAACUAAGGUUUUCGUAAGUGAGGCAAAUUAUGGCAAUCUAUUGCUGAUGCAGAUAAAAGCUGUAACUAACUUAAGUGUAGCUUCCUAAUGUGAAAUGGCUCAUUUCAUCUUUGUAAGUCAGUGUUGGUCCUCUGAUAAAUUACUUCAGGCAUUUGUUAACAUAGAUCUAGUCUGAGGAAGUUGGCUUACUUUAUGCUGACUUGCAUAAACAUUUUGGUGGGCAUUCAAAGCAUACAAAGAUGAUUUUUUUCUCUCUCUUAAUAGUUGUUUACUUUUAUGAAACAAUGUGAUGUUUCUGAUGUGAAUUUGAUUUCCAGACUUAUUACACUAUACACUAACAGAAUUAUCUAAUACUGUAAAAGGGGAGUAGAAAUCCAAUUGUGCUGCUUUGGAACACUUAAGUCAGUUCAGUUUUCAUUUGGCCUUCUGGUUUGAGUUCUUGCUUUGUUUUGUAUAUUUGUAGGGAAUCCUUGUUGGAAAUUUUGGCCACUAGAGUAAUGUUUUUGGUGGUCUUGGACAGAGGUCUUUUCAAGGCAGAAGAGAGGAGGGACAAAUGAGGAGAACCUACCCAGGGAACAGAUGCAUAGACACAAGUUAUGCAUCCCUAAUUACAGCUGCGAGGGCAGCACAGACUGAACUGCAGACUAAACGCUAACCAGAUGAUGAUUACUAAGAAUAUGCUUUUUCUCUUUCCCUGAAUAAUUGGUUGGUCUUGUCACCACAUCAUUAUUUGGCUGCUUGCAGGUAGCAGCACAUGUGCAGUGCAGGGCAGCUGGGGGAACUGACUAUGAACAAAAAGUGGUUAGCAUCAGAAUUACAGGUGUGGACUUUCUACAGAGCAAGGGGUGGCUCAAACACUGCUGACCUAGGGGAGAUGCACAGCAAAGCAUAUGUCUCUUUAGUCUAGAGAGAGUGCUGAUAGGAAAUCAAAUGCAGACUGCUUGUGACAGAGAAGAAAAGUUUAUUUGAUGUAUUUGUGUGUACAGACUGGGUGGUGGUUGCAGCAGGGAAAAUGUGUAGUGACAUUUCCCCAAAUGUUCCUUUCAUAGUUCUCACUUUCAGCUGUAUCUCUCUAUUGCAAAUCAAUCUCUAACGAGUGGGUAGCAGCUAUUCUUGUUUGGAAAACCAUCAUUGAAAGCAGCUGUAGAUUGUUGUGGGUUGCUCACUGGGGGCUCUUGAGACCACUAGAAAUCCACAAAGUCACUAGAGAAUUGCUUUAACAGAUGUGAUGAAUCAGCAUAGAAUUUGUGUUGGUCUGUAAAGCCAUGUUCAAUUUGGAACUUCAUUUGCCAUAAUUUGUUCUGCUGUGGAAAUAAUUGUAUGUAAUAGUCAAUUGGUUGUGGGUGAUUUGGCAGAGUAAAUAGCACUAUUUGUCAAUUUGUUCUAGUGACACAUUUGUAUGUUUAUUAAGUAACUCUUAAAUAAUCAAAACAUCCAAUUGUGCUCAGAUGUCCAAAUCUUGUUUUUUAACUUACCUCUUUAACAGCUGUGUAGCAGUUCUAUUCCCAUUUACAUUCACAGUAGAAUUAAAACGUGUCAGUGGACAAAUGAUGUAAUUUAUUGCCUGAAAAUAAUUUUUUUUCCAAAAACUUAUUUUCAGUUGUUCAGGCAUUAAGAUAAAGGCAGAAGUAGUGCAGAGCUAGGUUGGAAACUAGUAUAUUGCUUUAAGUGUCAUCCUUUUUUUGGUGGUGUUAAAGCAAAAUGCUUGACUUCACAUUUGCAUUAUGUUGCUGGGACUUUUCACUUGAAGUUGUGCUUUUGUGGACUUGAUCUCCUUUAUGUGCAUGGCACAGUUAUUGUUUUUUUUAAAGGCGAAUCCCAACCAGUUAACACAUUCAGUAACCUUUAUUACAAAACACUUGAGCAGAUGGGGGGAAGGCUAUACUUUUAAGUGAUGAAAUGUGAAUAGGACUGAUAUCAAAGUGCUUCAUUUUAGUCUCAUUUCAUUCUUAAACACUGCUUGCUCUGUCUUUGCAUAUGGAUGGUCUUGUAUGCCGUUGGCUUGCUGAUUUUGCUUAAAACUCUUAUUUUUAGCCCUGAUUUUUUAUUAACUAAAUAUGUAUUUAGAAUGGUU